ACCUGGAUGACUCCUUUGAUGUUGAAAUAGAUACCAAAUACAAGGACCAGCUGUGUGGACUCUGUGGAAACUUUGAUGGUGACGCCGAUGAUUUAAGGAUAAAUGGAGCUCUUCUGUCUGUGGAAGACUAUGCCGAUACCUACAAGGUGAACGGGCCGACAGAGAACUGUGUGGAGCUGCCGAUCGACCCGACCCGUGUCUGUGGCAAUAAGCUACUCUGUAACCAGCAGUUCACCAGUGAUAAAUUCAGCAGUUGUCAAAACAAUCUGGAUUUGGAAGCCUUCAGUCACGUCUGUAUGCUUGAUAUGUGCGGUGAAGAUGGUCAAGACCUCUGCAAAACCAUCUCAGAAUUCUCCAGGCAGUGUGUGCAUGCAGGUGGCAAGCCCCAACCAUGGAGGACGGAAAACUUUUGCUACAAGGAGUGUCCAUACAACAUGCAGUUCUUUGAGUGUACAAGUUCAUGUCCGGACAGCUGCUCCAACCCUCAGGCCAGCCAGACAUGUGACAGCCACUGCCAUGAUGGCUGCGGCUGCCCUGCCGGAUUCAUCUUUGAUGACAUCAGUAAUACUGGUUGUAUUAAAGCCGAGGACUGUCCAUGUCAGCACAACAACAAAGUCUACACAUCAGGACAGUCUUACUCUUACAACUGCAGAUCCUGUGUGUGUGAGAGUGGCCAGUGGAAUUGCACAGAGGGGGACUGUCCAGGAACCUGCUCUGUGGAGGGAGGAUCUCACAUAAACACCUUCGAUGGGAAAGUCUACACCUUCCAUGGGGACUGCACCUACAUUCUGGCUAAGCAAAGUAGCGGCUCCUUAUUCACUGUGCUGGUGGACAUUGUCAAGUGUGGUUUUUCUGACAGUAGGACCUGCCUCAGAGCUGUAACUCUGGCCUUAUACAGCAAUUCUGUGAUUGUCAAAAUUUAUGCAUCUGGACAAGUUUCUGUGAAUCGGAUCGUUUCUCAGCUGCCACUGUUUACAACUGAUCUGAGUGCCUUCAGGCCAUCAUCCUUCUAUAUCGUCAUAAACCUCAAGGUGGGCAUACGAGUGCUGGUCCAGCUGUCCCCCGUGAUGCAGGUCUUCGUUUCAGCUGACUCUUCACUCAAAGGAAGCACCGCUGGUUUGUGCGGAAACUUCAACAACAUAAUGACGGAUGACUUCAAGGUGGCCAGUGGGCUGGUGGAGGGCACAGCCAUAGUAUUUGCCAACACGUGGAAAACCAGAGCAACCUGCCCUGACAUCACAACGCGUUUUGUGCACCCCUGUAGCCAGGGCAUCAACAAGGAGAGUUAUGCUCAGUACUGGUGCUCCAAACUAACAGAUCCCAAAGGAGUGUUUGCUUCUUGUCACUAUAUCAUUAGCCCCAAUGUGUACAAAGAUAGUUGCAUGUAUGACAGCUGUAACUGUGAGCAGAGUGAGGACUGCAUGUGUGCGGCAGUCUCCUCGUAUGUCUAUGCAUGUGCAGCGGCAGGAGUCUACAUCACUGACUGGAGGACGACCAUCUGUAGCAAAUUCAGUAAAUUAUGCCCAGCCGGAACAGUGUAUGGCUACAACAUGACCUCCUGCAGGCGUACCUGCCAAUCCCUCAGCCAGCCUGACUACUCUUGCCAGAUCAAAUUUACCCCAGUGGACGGCUGUGGAUGUGCCGAGGGAACCUACAUGAACGACAAAGGCCAGUGUGUGACCAGUGCGAACUGUCCCUGCUACGACAAAGACAACAUUAUUCCUGCUGGAGAGACUGUCAGCAAAGAGGGAACCACAUGUAUCUGCAGAAAUGGAGUUAUCAGCUGCUCAGGGAUACAACUAGACUCCCUAAAAUCGUGCAUUGAGCCCAUGGUUUACUUUGACUGUUCCACUGCUCAACCUGGGGUCACUGGGACUGAGUGUCAGAAGAGCUGCAACACUCUGGACAUGGCUUGUAUCAGUACAGGCUGUACAUCAGGCUGCAUGUGUCCUGAUGGCCUGGUAUCAGAUGGAUUAGGAGGUUGUAUCAAUGAGACCAGCUGUCCAUGUCUGCACAAUGGAAAGGUCUACCAGCCUGGACAGACACUGACUGUGGACUGCAACACCUGCUACUGCAGUGAAAGAAAGUUCAAAUGUACCACCAACGUGUGUGAUUCAGUUUGUGAGAUCUAUGGUGACGGUCACUACGUCACCUUUGAUGAUAAGAGGUUUGACUUCAGUGGACAAUGUGAAUACACCCUCCUCCAGGAUUACUGUACCGCUGGUCAGAACAAUGGCAGCUUCAGGAUUAUCACUGAAAAUGUUCCAUGUGGAACCACAGGAACCACCUGCUCCAAGACCAUCAAGAUUUUUCUGGGGGACAAUGAAUUCCAACUUAAAGAUGAGAAGUUCCAAGUGGUAAAGGGCAGCAGCAAGGUGCUCCCUUCUCAGGUACAAAAGAUGGGUAUUUUCCUGGUGGUGACAAUCAAGCCGGGACUUGUGCUCAUGUGGGACCAGAGAACCAGUCUUUUCAUGAAACUCAGCCCGGACCUCAAGGGCCAAGUAUGUGGUCUGUGUGGGAACUACGACGGCAACAGUAGAAACGACUUCACCACACGUUCCCAGGAGACAGUGGCAGACGUUCUGGAAUUUGGUAACAGCUGGAAGGUUUCAUCCAGCUGCCCAAAUGCCGAAUUAAUCACUGAUCCCUGUUCCUCCAACCUUUACCGGGCAGCCUGGUCCCAGAAACAGUGUAGCAUCAUCACCAGUGUCACCUUCAGCAGCUGUCAUUCACAGGUUGAUCCUGGUCCAUACUAUGAUUCUUGUGUGAGAGACUCCUGUGCUUGUGACACCGGUGGAGACUGUGAGUGUCUCUGCACUGCUGUGGCUGCCUACGCCAAAGCUUGUACUGAAGCCGGGGCCUGUGUCAGAUGGAGAACUCCAAAGCUGUGCCCUAUUUUCUGUGACUACUAUAAUGCUCCUGAUGACUGUGAAUGGCACUACAAGCCUUGUGGAGCUGCCUGUAUGAAGACAUGUAGAAAUCCAUCAGGAGACUGUUCCAACUUCGUCACUGCUGUGGAAGGCUGCUAUCCACAGUGUCCCCCAACCAAGCCCUAUUUCGAUGAAGACACAAUGAAGUGCGUCCCCUCGAACCAAUGUGGCUGCUAUGAUGACAAAGGCACUCAUUACAUCAUCGGAGAAAAUGUUAAAUCAGAGAACUGUUACAAUUGCACCUGUACAGAGUCAGGAAUAACAUGCCCAUACGAUGUGAACUAUUGUACAUGCUAUAUUAAUGGAAAAACCUACAAAUAUGGGGAAACCAUCUACAACACCACCGAUGGCCUAGAUAACUGCAUUACAGCUAUAUGCGGAGAGAAUGGGACUGUGAUCAGGUCCAUGUACCCAUGCAUAACUACAACUACUGCUGGUCCAACAACAACCCCCUUUAAGUUCACAACAACUGGAGAGACAACUACAGUGUAUCUUUCGACUUCAACUACAUCAGGAGUAACAACCACAAAUGGAACAACAGUCACACCUGUUGCAACAACAACAUCAGGAGUAACAACCAUAAAUGGAACAACAGUCACACCUGUUGAAACAACAACAUCAGGAGGAACAACUGUGAAGGUUGAGACAACAAAACCACCUACAGUCACCACUGGCCCAGUAACAACCUCUACCACAGUUGUUGUUGAAACUACAACCACAGUGCCAAGUGUCACAACAACAGGCCCAGAAACAACAGUUGUGACAUCAAAACCAUCUGUGACCACCGCGACAACCAAAGGACCCUCAACAACGACGAAAGGAACAACAGUCACACCUGUUGAAACAACAACAUCAGGAGGAACAACUGUGAAGGUUGAGACAACAAAAACACCUACAGUCACCACUGUGACAGCCUCUACAGGAACGUCCCAAACUACUCUUAAUGUAGUUACAGGAAGUGCUGAGACAACAUCAACUUUAAUUACAAAACCCUCUGUAUUGAACACUACAACUAGUGUGGUUUCAACUGUAAAUACAGGAACAACAGCUGCAACAGGUACAACUUCUAUUGGCCCAAUAACACAGACACUUCCAGGCACAACACAGAUUACAACAACUGGUGCAACCACUACGAGACCAUCUGUUACCACAGUUACCAUAACAUCAUUGGUUAGCACGACUGCACAAUGUGUCUGCAUUGUCAAUGGAACCAAAUACAAUCCGGGGGAUUCAGUGUAUACUGUCAAUGAUGGUUUAGGGUGGUGUUAUUUUGCAUCUUGCAAUGCAUCAUGUCAAGUUCAAACAGAAUCCAGACCAUGUCCCACAACUAUUCCUCCACCUCCAACAACAACUUUACCAACCCCAUCUACAACCACCCUGGACUGCAAUGAUGUGAAUCCACCAAGAAAGAAUGGAGAGUCCUGGAAAGUGGACAACUGUACCAAUUCUACCUGCAUCAAUGGUGAGGUGACCACGGUGUCUGCUUCCUGUGCCACAGAAACAGAACCCAUAUGUGUCAAUGGACACAAAGCAGUCAAGAUCUAUGAGGACAACGGAUGCUGCUUCAAGUAUGAAUGUGAAUGUGUGUGCAGUGUCUUGGAUGGAUCCAGCUACAUGACGUUUGAUGGAAAAUCAUACACCUUCAACGAGAACUGCUCUUACUAUCUGGUCAAAGAGAUAAUUAAUAAAUACAACCUGACUAUUAUUGUAAAUAACAAUGACAAGGUUCUCACUGUUAUAUACCAAUCCACCAAGGUAGUUUUCAGUCAGCUGAAGACGGAUUCAGGAACAACUAAUGUGGUGCAUGUGAAUGGAAAACGUAUCUAUCCCGCCUACAGCAAUUCUGUUCUGCAGCUCACCAACACAAUAAAGGCGAUGACAUUGGAAAUACCAGAGAUCAAUACUAAAGUGGUCUAUAGAACCUCCUCAUUCAAAAUUGAUAUUCCUUCUUCCCUAUUUGGUGGGAACACUGAAGGACAGUGUGGCACCUGUGACAACUCCCAAAACAAUGACUGCCGUGCUCCAAACGGCCAGGUGGAAAGCUGCUCGGACUCUGCAGGCCAGUGGCAUGUCCCAGGCACACCCUGUGUCACCCCCACAACUCAACCCCCAACCACAGCGCCUCCUUCAACAACUGGCUCAAUAACCACGACCACCCUAAUAACACCCACAACCUCAGUGCCUCCUUCAGCAACUGGCUCAAUAACCACGACCCCCCUAAUACCACCUACAACUCAACCCACAACCUCAGUGCCUCCUUCAACAACCUCAUGCACACCGGUCAUCUGUGAUCUCCUAACCAGCAGUGUAUUUCAACCAUGCCACUCAGUCAUAUCUCCUGAUCGAUUUGUGGAAAUAUGCAAGUCCAACUCUUGCAAUAGUGGCAAUACCACUUGCACGAGCCUGGAGGAAUAUGCCUCUCAGUGCUCCAAUGAAGGAAUCUGUAUUGACUGGAGGAAUGCUACCAAUGGAGAGUGUGAGAACAAGUGUCCAAGCGACAAAGUAUAUGUGGCCUGUGGCCCCAUUGUAGAGCCUACAUGCAAUGACAGAUACAAUGAGAAGUACCAGGCUGGUAGCUGGCCAGCCAACAAGACUCAGGAGGGUUGCUACUGUCCUGAGGGCACCACCCUAUUCAACACGGUCUAUGACACAUGUGUUGCCUCGUGCGGUUGUGUUGGACCUGAUGGGAAACCCAAACAGCCUAAUGACACAUGGACAGCUGACUGCAAAGAAUGUGUGUGUGACAUGGAUUCAUUAAGCGUCCAGUGUAAGUCCAUUGAAUGCCCAGCAAUACAGAGCCCUGACUGCACCGAGACUGGCCAGCAGCUAGUCAAUAAGACCGAAAACUGCUGUCCAACAGUGUCAUGUGAAUGCAAUGUAACCUUGUGCCCCUCUCCUAUGACCUGCCCGCUGGGCUUAAUACUCAACGAAACCGAAGGAACCUGUUGCAAAUCCUACUCGUGUGUUCCUGAAGGUGUAUGCAUCUAUAACAUGACUAAGUACAAGCCUGGUGAAAAGAUACCAACACCACAAACACCAGAACCAGAAAAGCCAUUAGAAAAACCUUCAGAAGAACAAACCACAUCCACAACACCAUCAUCGGGAGCAGGACAAACAUCGGAAAAAACUACAGUGCCACCAUCAGGAGCUGGACAACCAUCACAAACAACAACAACAACAGCACCACCAUCCGGUGCAGGACAACCAUCAGAGACAACGGCACCACCAUCAGGUGCAGGACAACCAUCCCAAACAACAACAACAACGGCACCACCAUCAGGUGCAGGACAGCCAUCAGGAACAACAGCACCACCAUCAGGAGCUGGACAAGCAUCAGAAAAAACAACAACAACAGCACCACCAUCAGGAGCUGGACAACCAUCCCAAACAACAACAACAACGGCACCACCAUCAGGUGCAGGACAGCCAUCAGGAACAACAGCACCACCAUCAGGACAAACAACAGUAUCACAGGAGCGUUUUGUACCCGGGCCCUGUCAGGAGUGUUACUGUGGCCCCGAAAUGGAUCCCGUCACCAAGCUUAACAUCGCUACCUGCACACCUGUUGUCUGCGAAACAAACUGCUCUGAGGGUUAUGAAUAUCAGACUGAACCUGACAAGUGCUGCGGGCAGUGUGUUCAGAAGCGCUGUAUUUUCACCACACCUGACAACACAACACGUGUCAUUGAUGUCAACGAAACUUUUGUAUCCCCUGAUGACAAGUGUGUCAAGUAUACCUGUGAGAAUAUCAAUGGAGACCUUGUUACAAAGGAGACCAAGACCACCUGUCCUGCCUAUAACCCCUUGGACUGUGAACCUGGCACCGAGACAACAGACGCUGAUGGAUGUUGCAAAUCCUGCAAAGUGCGAAGUGUGUGUGAGGUCCAGAAUAAGGAGACAGUCAUCGAGGUGAACGGCUGUAAGAGCACAGUCAACCUGACGUCCUGUGCUGGACACUGUGGUAGCUCAUCCAUAUAUUCAGCAGAAGCUAACGCGAUGAUACACCAGUGUGAGUGUUGCCAAGAGGACACCACCAGCAAGAAGCAGGUGGAGCUGACCUGCGCUGACGGUUCCAAGGUCCAGCACAGCUACACUGUGGCGGAGACGUGCCGCUGCAACAAGGCAGACUGUGUGUCCGGGACAACACCCAGGCCACAACGCCGCAGGAGACGCUGAUCGAUAACUUAUGGCUUUAAACGAGAAUGAGACCUUAGAAACACAAUGCAAGGUGUAACCUUAGACCUUCUUUUUCUUGUCAGGUUUUAUUAUUUAUAGGCAUCAUGUGUUCUUCUGCAGUGUCACAACAUACUACUGUGAUGUACUGUAAACUUUCUUCAACUUACGAUUUCUUGAAUGAUUAUUAAACUUAUAUUUCAGCAACAUGAACACUUGAGACAUUCAGAUUGACUCUGGGGAAUCAAUGGAUAACAUCUGUGUGUUCCAAACAUAUGAUAUAACCAUCAGGCUGUUUUACAUUUUGAAGACGACAUUUUAAAAAAUGCACAUCAAAUUUUUCAGACCAAAGUGUUCAGACUUUCAGGUGCUGUGUAGCAGAGAACCGAAAAUAACAGAAUCACAUGACACACAAUAAAAGAACUGUGACGUUUUAAGAAAAAUUUUACAGCGGUAGUUUUGGAAUCACAAAGAAGUUGUAACUAUCAGACAACAUCGCUUAAAUGAAACCUUUGGCAGACAGCACAUUAACAAGACCUUGUAACUUACGAGCAUCAACCAAUGGAAAGCGUUAGCGUCUGUAGGGACUACAAACACCGUGGCUGAAAGAAAACUAAACAUAUAAAGCUCUGCUUGCGGUGUUAGAAGAUGCUGAAGCAUGAACUAAAUUUUCUCUUCACCUCAUGUACAACUUUAAAACUGAUGGUCAGGAGUCAGCUUCUGAGGACAAUGAACAUUGAGUCUGGAUAACGCGUCCUGAUUAAAGUGACAUCUUG